AUGUACCUCCUCGCUGAAAUGAGUGGUUUUGCAGUGGGCCAAGCAACGGAGGUAAUGGCUGGAGGGGCGAUUAUGAGGGCGGGGGAGCCAGACGGUGAUGCGAGCGGGCGAAGCGAUGGGCCGUGCGUGGAGAGUCAAACCGUGGACACCGUUGUCGGAAAUGUGCCCUCUCAACUCACGGAGACCCAGGGUAGAUCCUCAUUCGUCGGCGGAGCUAUGCCUGCCGGUUCUCUCUUGUGGGACGCUUUCUCGCCUUCCCGGUCGGUGAGCCCUAAUACCAAUCAGGCAUCUCAACCUCUGUGGCUCCUGGGUAACACUUUUUCUCAGCAAAAUCCGGGUCACGGCGAACGCUACACUCUUGCGGUGGAACAAAUUAAUCGCUGGCGUGAUCUCAGCAACCACUGUGCGUUAGUUAAGUGGGUCUGUACGCCCAUUGGAGUUUCUAGUGCGGCUGAGCACGUUGGCGGGGCAUCUUCUGGCUAUCCAGGCUGCUGUCCUCCGAUAAAAACCUACUAUGAACAGGGGAUUCCCAUGGAUAAUCCUCUACUAUAUCGCCUGACCAAUUUUCUCGGCCAGUUAGUUCCCCUAAUCCGUCAUCUUAGCGAGGCAAACAUGGAUCUUUGUGUCUUCUGCCGGAACAACAACGAGACUUUUGAGAUGUAUACCAGCCACAAGGUGAAGGACAGGGCAGGUCGUGUCAUCUGCCCAGUACUGCGUCGAUUUGUCUGCCCACUGUGCUCGGCUACGGGGGACUACGCACACACCAUUCGCUACUGCCCACUCUCGAGCCAUAACGCCACCGUCUCUGCCGGCUUCGGAAUGCGUCUCCCCGCCGGCGCCACGGCCGCCACCACCACUGCCCACCACCGCCUGUUUGAACCCACGGCCGCCGCUACCUCACUCGAUAGCGGCGCCUCCUGCUGCGUGAACAUUGACAACAAUGACAGUGGGGGGAGAUUAAUCGACCAGUUGAUGCUGGAGAGCUGCCGUAAUUUCUCGCUCAGCUAA